UUAUUUCCUCCUUCAAACGAAGUUUCAAAGUUUUACGUCGUGCAGAAACUACUGUGGCAGUUACUUCAAUUAGUACUUAUUUCUGAAGCAAACCGUUUUGCGUGUUGUUAAGCUGUUAUUCUCCUAAUAUCGAAGGUGGCUAAAUAUUUGCUAAAGAAACGAGACACGUUCUUCUGUUUAUUGAGGUUAAAAAACUGCUGCUCGUGUGGCGGUUUUUCACGGUUCAAUCAACGGUCGCUAAAAACAAGACGUAGUUAUCUGCUCUCAACGAUCAUUUGUUUAAUAGUAAAUAGUAUUAGUAUUACAUGAUGCCGGAACUGUUUGAAUUUGCAACUGGGCAUUAUAUUUCGUUGUGUGAUCAGUUUCUUGUGGGUAGAGCAUUAGAAUGCUCAUAUAUUAUUGCUGAACUUUUAAUCAGUCGUCAUCACUGCAAGUUUACAACCAAUGAUGGUAAAUGGUACAUCACUGAUUUGAGUUCCAAUGGGAUAUAUGUAAAUGAUAGAAAAAUAACGCCAAACACACCAUUUGAAUUGCAUCACCAUGAUACUAUAGAAUUUUCCACAUAUUUAUUUGGUUUUAAACUACAAAGAGAUCCAGAUGUAAAUUAUGGUGAUGUGGAAAUAAUUAAUUUGGAUAACACUGCCACAGCUGUGAAUCAAUUAGAAGCACCUGCAAAUCCUCCUCUUGUGCCCACUACAGAUGUAAAACAAUCUGAACAACCACCACAGGUAGUGACAGUGAAUACGGUUGCAUCUGGAGGAUCAUCAAAUGAUAGCAAAAUUGAUGAUGAGCUCACAUGCAGCAUCUGCAGUGAGUUAUUCAUCAGUGCAGUCACAGUCAAUUGCCAGCACAGUUUUUGUGAGCUUUGUAUACUCACCUGGAUGAAAAACAGCAAAAACUGUCCGAUUUGCAGACAAGUGAUUACUUCACAAGCUUCCAGUAUUACCAUUAAUAACCUUGUAUCACUUGUGGUCGCCAAAAAGACUGAAGAAGAGAAAGCCACACGCAAAGUGGUUGUCGCCGAGCGUAAAACUGAAUUCCAGCGUGCAAGUAAGUCACCUCCGGCCCGUGGUGGCCGAAGACGUGGCCGAACACGUGGUGCACGCAUUACUCGCCCCGCACCCACACCAACAGGCGCCAGCAGGCGUGGUCGUACCCGUGCCUCAAACCCACCACCACGACAAGAUGUCAUCAAUAUAAGCAGCUCUGACUACUCGGAGCCGGACACGCUGUCCGAUUCCGAUUCGGACACCGACAUGGACAUCGACAUCGACAUCGACAUUGUUAAUUCGCGAAUAAUAAUGGGACCUUUGCGCUUGGAUCAUUAAUAAUGAUUGCAGAUGAGUUCUUAUAAGAUGACGUCAAUAUGUCGCUGGGCCUUAUGGAGUACACUCAUUUCUUCAGUAAGAGGUUUGCGCGGGCCGCGUACUCCGUCUCGACACGAAGGUAAACAACCAAAUAAUACGAUUAUUACUUGUUCAGUUCUUAUUUUAUAAUUCGUUUGCUCUCUCUUGAUAUGUGCGGGGCACAAUAUUUUAUAAUUUUGAUACAUGUUAAAUAUUUAUAAAUCCGAUAAAUCAAA